AUGGACGCGAGUUUGGCUGAAGUGUUACAAGGGAUGUCGCUUGGAGAAGACAAAUCAAUCAUCAUUCCGGAGGAUGAUGACUAUUGUGCGAUUGAACAAGGAGAAAGGAGCAUCUUGGGGCGUCUUCUAAAUCCAUCUUGCCAGAACAUGGGUAGAAUGCUAAGGACAAUGCCAAAGAUUUGGAAGGUGUAUGAACGAGUUAGAGGCAUUGCGUUAUCAAAGGAAAGGUUCCAAUUCAUCUUUGAACUUGAAAUCGAUAUCGAGAUGGUGCUGAGACAGGGGUUUUGGACUUUUGAUGAUUGGGGUAUGGCCAUGGAGAGAUGGGUUGAAACACCACCGCCGAACUACUUACAAACGACCAUAGAUGCAGUUGCUGAUGGUAUUGGUCAUGUUAAGUUGAUUGAGUUUGAUCCUUCAAAGCCUCAUCUUUUGGAUUAUGUAAGAGUCCAAGUGGUUUUGGAUGUCAACCAACCUCUACGUGAUAAGAAGUCCUUGACCCUACCUGGUGGUCGAAUUGAGUAUGUUGAUGUGGAAUAUGAACAGUGA